AGCGCUCGCUGGCAACGCCCUGUUGUCAUAGUUACUUCUCCCCGACACACCCCCAGCCCAGGCUUAUCAAAGCCCGUGGGAGGCCGGGGCGCGGGUAUCGCAGCCUCAGCCUCGAUCUCGGUGCUGAGCAGAAAGGCGACGCCAACGGCCGCGACUUUUAAGCCUCGAGUGCGCCCUUACUAAAGAUGGCCGCCGACCUCCCCCCACCCUCCCCGUUGCCGCAAGCGGGUUGAAGGCAGGCAGCCCUCUCUUAAGAUGGCCGCCGUUUCCUUACACCCUCCGCCCAUGCGGAGGAAGAACGGCUCAGAUUUUCACAGUACUAGUUUGUAUCAUAUAUACUGGAAUCCUUAUUACUGCUGCAAUGUCGUGGAUGCAAGCUGCAGUCAUCCGGCCCAGUGAGGAUGUGUUUGAUGAAGAUGCUGAUGAACUGCAUCUUGUGCAGAAAGAAUGGAAAAGUACCAUGGAUAAAAGAGUCAAAGAAGGUUAUAGAGAUGGUGUUGAGGCUGGGAAAGAGCUUUCACUCCAGCAGGGUUUCAAUCAAGGUUACAAACAAGGUGCUGAGAUGAUGAUGAGCUGUGGCCAGCUCAAAGGGAUCCUUAGUGCACUCUUGUCUUGGUGUCAACUUCAUGGACAAGUUUCUGCUUUGCCGAGCAAGAUAAAUAACCUCCUAGAUGCAGUUGGCAAGUAUGAAGAAUGUGUGCUUAAAUAUAUGAAUUAUAUCAGUUCACAGCCUAGUGUCGGAGAGUUGUUGGAUUCUGUUCAGGAUAUGGAUCUUAGUCAUACUGUUUCAGUGGAGAAUGAAUUUGAUGGAACUGAAGCUAGAAGACACUGUGAAAAUGACUCUGAAUUGAAUGAAAACUCUUGCAGGAGUAUCAGUGAGGCUGACUUCUUGCAGUCUGACAGUUCUAGAAGGACAAGAAAACACAGAGAUUGUGAAAGGCCAACCCUUGCUUGGCUGAAAGAAGAGACUGCCUCUUUAGGAGAGCAGCUAGGCUUGUCACAAGACAUAUUACAGCACAUCCAACAACUGGAAAGUUAAAUUCUCUUGUGGCAAAAGGAAUCCAAUUCUAAGACCAAAAUUAACAGGCUUAUAUUUUGCCAUUCAAAGGGGUGAUAGUAAUACUAGUCACUUAAUUUCAUAGGAAUGUGACGUCAUUUUAAUGUUUCCCUCUAAAACUCUAAUAAAACAUCCCUUGCUGUCAUCAUACUCUGUAAUUUUGUAUAUGAAAUACUCUUUACCUUGAGAGUUAAAAUUGGGUGUGGAAGCAAUUUAUUCUUUUGUCAAGAACUGAGUUAUGACAAAGCUGUCUAACUCUACAGCAGCAGUAAUGUGUAAUUUAUUUAACUUGAUCUUUUUAUUAUUCUUUCAGAAAAGGAACUGAAUUCUUCUUUGGUUUUAAACUUAGAAAUCAGUCACUUGGGUACUGAAAAUGAAAGUAAACAUUGCUAUUGGGUUCAGAAGCUAGUCUGGGUGGAGAAGUUCUUUGAAGUGGGAACUGCACAUACAGAAACAGAAAGGAACAUGUACUGCCUAUUUAAAUAUUUGAGUAUUUUGUCAGUUUAAUUAGUUCAAAAUAGAACAAAAUAAAGCCUUGCAUUAUGUAAAA